GCGUUGGCACAGGUUGCCCAGGGAGGUGGUGGUUGCAGAGGGUACGGUCAGGCUCAGUCAAUGUCCAGGUAAUGGAUCAGGUUGGCGGCGAUGAGGCACGUCGAGCUGGGAAGUCAGUCCGUAUUCCAGAUUAUAGGAUGAUGAUCUUUACCAUAAGAAGUGUUUCAUCAGACCGAAAGAAAGCUGUAGUGCAUGUUGCACAGAGAGAAUCAGGUGUUGCUGAGGCAUCAUGGCAGCCCAUCAGGAGAAAAAACUUGCUGAAGAAAGAAAACACCAAAACAUGCAGAAUGAUACUAAAGCAUCUCAAGGCCAAUGGGGAAGAGCAUGGGAGGUGGACUGGUUUUCCUUGGCAAGCAUCCUUUUCCUGCUCAUGUUUGCACCACUGAUCGUGUAUUACUUCAUCAUGUCCUGUGACCAGUACCAGUGCUCUCUGACUGACCCACUCCUGGACUUGCUGACAGGGAAUAAACAUCUGUCUGACAUCUGGAACAGGACUCCCACACUGACCUAUAGGGCUGCUGGCAUCUAUUCCCUUUGGGUCACUUUCCAGGUGGUUUUGUACAUGUCCAUUCCUGACUUCUGCCAUCAAUUUCUCCCUGGAUAUGUGGGAGGUGUACAAGAAGGUGCUGUCACCCCUGCUGGUGUCGUGAAUAAAUAUGAAAUCAAUGGACUUCAGGCCUGGAUCAUUACCCAUGUGCUUUGGUUUGCAAAUGCUUCUUGCUUCCACUUCUUCCCACCUACCAUCAUUUUUGACAACUGGAUUCCUCUCCUGUGGUGUGCCAACAUCUUGGGAUAUGCAGUGUCCACAUUUGCAAUGAUUAAAGGCUACUUUUUCCCUACCAAUGCCAAAGACUGCAAAUUCACUGGAAACUUCUUUUACGACUACAUGAUGGGGAUUGAAUUUAACCCUCGAAUAGGGAAGUGGUUUGAUUUCAAGCUGUUCUUCAAUGGGCGCCCUGGGAUUGUGGCCUGGACUCUGAUCAACCUUUCCUUUGCUGCCAAACAACAGGAGCUGUAUGGCGAAGUGACAAACUCCAUGAUCCUUGUCAAUGUCCUUCAGGGUAUUUAUGUUCUGGACUUCUUUUGGAAUGAAGCCUGGUACUUGAAAACCAUUGAUAUCUGCCAUGAUCAUUUUGGAUGGUAUUUGGGCUGGGGAGACUGUGUUUGGUUGCCUUACCUCUAUACUUUGCAGGGUCUGUAUUUGGUUUACCACCCUGUCCAGCUGUGCACAGCCCAUGCCGUAGGGGUCUUGAUGUUGGGCUUGCUGGGCUAUUCCAUCUUCAGAAUAACCAACCACCAGAAGGACCUCUUCCGUCGUACCAAUGGCAACUGCAGGAUUUGGGGGAAGAAGCCGGAGUACAUCGAGUGCUCCUACAUGUCCGUGGAUGGGACCAAGCACUACAGCAAGCUGAUGACCUCUGGCUUUUGGGGCUGGGCACGUCAUUUCAACUACACGGGAGACCUGAUGGGCUCGCUGGCCUAUUGCCUGGCUUGUGGCUUUGAGCACAUCCUGCCUUACUUCUACAUUGUGUACAUGACCAUUCUGCUCACCCACCGCUGCAUUCGGGACGAGCACCGUUGUUGCAGCAAAUAUGGGAAGGACUGGAAGCACUACACUGCUGCAGUGCCCUACCGGCUCCUACCCGGCAUAUUUUAAGGCUAAUGCAGGAUCCAGGGGAAAGAAAAAAGAAGAAACAUGCAGGCAUGCCAUGUUUAAAGUGUUUAAACUGAAGUGGGGCACUGAAAUGUCCCGUUUUUUUAGAAGAUUCUUUUAAUUGGAAUACCCCUCUGAAUCUCCCCAUUUCCACAUGAACUUGGAGCUGGAGAAAAGUUGCAUGUGUUGAUAUUCCUGAGAAAUCCCAAGGCCGGCAGGUGGCCUUACCCUUGAUUGUAGCAGGGUCCUGGAAGCAGUUUGCAGUGGCUCAGGAGAGGAGGAAAAGAGUUCUGUCAUCUCUUUAGGAAAGAAGUUGUCUGAUGCAGUUGUGACCACCAAAACCUACAAUCAGGAACAAUGACAAAGGAGGUUUGACUGUUGGGUGCUUGUCAAGAGAUGAACGGUGGAAAUGCUGAACUGCAGGACCUGGUCUGAAAUGAUUGUUAUCAUCUAAACCAAAAGUGAAAACUGUUAUAAAUUAGUGACAUUUUCAGCACCUGACUAUAUGGAACAUGACCAAUUGAGUAUUAUUUUGAUACUGAAAGCAGACUUAGUGAAGCUACUGAACUGUGCUGGUUGGGCUGGAGUAGAGUUAAUUGGUUUUUUUUUCCUAGUAGCUGGUAUGGGCGUAGUUUGGGAUUUGAGCUGAGACAGUGUUGAUAACACAGGGAUGUUUUCACUGUUGCUGAGCAGUGUUUACACAGCAUCAAGGCCUUUUCUGCAUCUCACCCCACCCACCAGCGAGGAGUUGGGAGAGGGGACACGGGCAGGACAGCUGACCCCAACUGACCCAAGGAAUAUCUCAUUCCAUAUGGCAUCAUGGUCAGCACAUAAAGCUGGAGGAAGAAGGGAGUGGGGGAUGUCAGGAGUGAUGGUGUUUGUCAUUCCAAGACACUGUUCCAUGGGAUGGAGGCCUGCUUUCCUGGAGAUGGCUGAACAUCUGCCUGCAGGUGGCAAGUGGGGAAUAGAUUCCUUAUUUUGCUUUGUUUGUUUGCAGAGUUUUUCCCUUUACCUAUUAAAUGAAUGUGUUUAUGUUAACCUGUGAGUUUUCUCCCUUUCCUGAUUCCCUCUCCCAUGCCACUGUGGGGGAGUGAGCGAGCAGCUGUGUGGGGCUGAGUUGCCAGCUGGGGUUAAACCAUGACAGUCCUUUUUGGUGCCUAACAUGGAGCUCGAAGGGUUUGAGAUAACAGCAUUGUUUCAGAUUGACUGGAAUGUGCGGGAUGGGAUUUAUAGCUGUUGGUGCUGUUGAGCUGUCAGGCUCCUGUGCUUGCCAUGGGGCUCACUCUCUGUAUAUUGCAGGGCUCAUUAGGGGCUUCAUUUUGAUUUUGCUGCUAGCUGUAGUGCUUCUCCUCUUCCUGGGCUGUGCCUGGGGACACUUUGAUGACAGCCCUGGUGACACACCUGGGUUGGCAGGUGGCCAGGGCAUCGCUGCUGUUUCUGUGCUGCUGGAACUCCAGUGCAAGCUCAAGUCGAGGGAACUGUAACCUGUGGAUGAGCCCACAUGGGAGCAGGACACCCCCAGGCAUAGCAGCUGGGAAUAAGCCCAUGGUAGAGCAGGAACCUCUCAGAGCAUCUGUGGCCGUGGGUAUGUCCGUGCCCAGGAAGGGAUGGUGGCCCAAGGAUAAGCCUGAAGCCUCUGUGGCUGUGGGUAAGGCCACGCUCAGCAGGUACCCCUUGAAACAUCAGUGCCUGUGCAUGGGGUUGUGCUGGAGCACCUCAGAGCCAGGGCCAUGGAUAAACCCCUGGCAGAGCAGUUUACAGCCUUGGAGAGACUGCAUCUGUGGGUAAGGCCACAUCCACUUCUUUAGUGUGGAUGGAAAACUUCAUUCCCUAUUGUUUGUAUAAAAUCAUGUUUGUAAAAAUUGAAGAUAUAAAUUCUUUCGGGACAAAUAAAAAAAAUCCUGCU